AUGUUCGACACGGUCUGCUCGCUUCCACUGUCAUCGGACCUGUUCACCCAGGCCAUCCACCCCCGGGAGCCUGUGGUUUCCGUCGGCCUGGCAGCGGGCCACGUCCAAACGUUCCGCUUACCUUCGGAGGUCGACGAUGACGAUGGAGCGUCUUCCUCGUCCUGCAACGGAAAAGGCCACAUAGACACCAUGUGGAGGACAAGGCGGCAUAAGGGGAGCUGCCGGUGCCUAGGAUUCGGUGUCGACGGCGAAACGCUGUACUCUGCCGGUACCGACGGGCUGGUGAAAGCCGCCAAUUCGGAGACCGGCAAAGUGACCAAUAAAAUCGCAAUCCCUCUGGAGAAGAACGGCUCGGUCGAUGCGCCAACCAUCAUCCACGGGCUCUCGCCCCAGACACUUCUACUCGCCACAGAUUCCAGUGCCCUCCACCUCUUCGACCUACGCACCCCCUACUCCAAGGUUUCUGCUCGACCGGAGCAGUCGCAUCAUCCUCACGAUGACUAUAUUUCCUCCCUCACACCGCUUCCUGCCUCCGACACUAGUACGUCUGGUUUCAGCAAGCAAUGGAUCACCACUGGCGGCACUACUCUGGCCCUGACGGAUCUCCGGAGGGGUGUGCUGGUGCGCAGUGAAGAUCAGGAGGAAGAGCUUAUUAGCUCGGCGUACAUUGGUGGUCUGCCCAGCAGCGGGACCAGCCGCGGCGAGAAGGUCGUCGUGGGUGGUGCCGGUGGUGUCAUGACUCUUUGGGAGAAGGGCGCCUGGGACGACCAAGACGAGCGCAUCUACGUGUCGCGUGAUUCGGAAGGUGGCGAGUCAAUCGAGACUAUGACGGUCGUGCCGGAUGAGCUGGGCCACGGCAAAAUGAUCGCUGCUGGUCUCGGUAACGGGCUAGUGAAGUUUGUACGCAUUGGCCCGAACAAGGUCGUGUCGGACGCUGUGCACGAUGAGACGGAGGGCGUUGUGGGACUUGGAUUCGACGUCGAAGGUCGCAUGGUGUCCGGUGGAGGUCAAAUCGUCAAGGUCUGGCAUGAAGCUUUGGAGACGGAAGGCACCGGUGGCAUGGUGGGCGGGAAACAUAUGCUGGGCGACAGCGAUGAAAGCGAUGACUCCGGUGACAGUGACCGGGAAGACCGCAAUGGCCGGUCGAAUGCAAAUGAUCGCAAGAAGCGCAAGAAGGCCAAGGGCAAGGACCGCAGCGGUGGUCAGCACGUCAUGGCCUUCCACGACCUAGACUGA